UUACAAUUUCCGGGGAUUUCCACGACGAACACCAAAGGAGUAGUCAAAAUGUUAGAUUUCUUUACUAUUUUCAGCAAGGGCGGCAUUGUUCUUUGGUAUUUUCAAGGAACAUCACAGAUAUUCACACAGUCUGUGAAUUCUUUAAUCAAAUCUGUGAUUCUGCAGGAAAGAACUGGUACCAACCAGUUCACACAUGAGGCCCUUACUCUCAAAUAUAAACUGGACAAUGAGUUUGAACUCAUUUAUGUUGUUGCCUAUCAGAAGAUACUUCAAUUAUCGUACAUAGAUAAAUUUCUGGAUGCCAUUCAGCUUGAGUUCAGGAAUAAGUACAAGGAUGACUUACAGAAUGCUGCUGUAUCCAGUAACUUUGAUUUUAGACAGGAUUUUGAUAGAAUCUUGUUCGAAGUUGAACAGGCUGCCAAAAAACAAAUACAGAAAGGGAGAAUGAUGAAAAGUUUUGAAGAGUCUGAGAAGAGCAAGAAGUCAGUGAAGUCAAUGAUAGAAUACAAGAAAGAUGAUAACAAGAAGCCGGGCAAAGGAAAGGAAAAUAAACCAGCUAAAAACACUCCAGUAAAGGAACAAGAAGUUCAGAAAAGCUCUGCUGUUCCCAUGGCAACCAGUAAUAAUGGCAAUGGAGAGUUGGAUGCAGAAACUAUACGUAGAAACAUAGAGAAACGUUUUGGACCAAAGAAAAAGAAACCUGCUGACUCAAGCAAGAGCCCUAAGAGUGUAGAGAGUAACAAGAAGAAAGGGAAAGUUGGUACAAAGUGGGAUCUAGGUGGCACUGCAGAGGAUGCAAAAGUUCUGGAUUUUACUGACGACAAGGGAGGUGACCCUGCAGUGAAUGGCGUAGAUGUUGCUCUCAAGGAUGAAGAGAUUCAGUAUGUUGGUACAAUGGGUGGAGAAUUGAGAAAUAUUGAAACAGAGUCAGAGAGUGAAGAAGAGGAAGAAACAGCCACAAAGAAAACUUCAAGCAAGAAGAGUGGUGGGGGAAUGUUCAGUAUGUUCAAGAACUUGGUUGGCUCCAAAAUGCUGACGCAGGAAGAUGUUGCGCCAGUACUUGACAAGUUUAGAGAACAUCUCGUUUCCAAGAAUGUAGCAGCUGACAUUGCCCUCAAGCUGUGUGAAUCUGUGUCUGCCAAACUGGAGGGGAAAGUUCUUGGAACGUUCAGCAGUAUCAACACCACAGUAAAGACUGCACUGAAUGAGUCCCUUGUCCAGAUAUUAUCACCCAGACGUCGUGUAGAUAUACUUCGUGAUGCCAUGGACUGUAAACAAAAAAGACAGCCCUACUGUAUCACAUUUUGUGGGGUGAAUGGUGUUGGUAAAAGUACAAAUCUUGCUAAGAUCUGUUUUUGGUUGAUUGAGAACGGAUUCCGUGUUCUGAUAGCAGCAUGUGAUACAUUUAGGGCAGGGGCUGUGGAGCAGCUUCGUACACAUACACGUAAACUGAACGCCCUCCAUCCACCGGAGAAACAUGCCGGCCAACAGAUGGUUCAGUUAUACGAGAAAGGUUACGGGAAAGAUGCGGCCGGGAUUGCAAUGGAAGCAAUAAAUUUUGCGCGAGACUGUCACAUAGAUGUUGUCCUGGUUGAUACCGCUGUGAUCAGGACUACAUUAAUCAAAGUAAACCAACCAGACCUGGUGUUGUUUGUUGGUGAGGCCCUGGUAGGGAACGAGGCUGUAGAUCAGCUGACCAAGUUUAACCAGGCUCUCGCUGACCACUCCAACAUGACCAAUCCACGACUGAUUGAUGGCAUUAUUUUAACAAAGUUUGACACAAUUGACGAUAAGGUUGGAGCAGCAAUCUCCAUGACGUACACCACAGGUCAGCCGAUCGUGUUUGUUGGUACAGGACAGACGUACACAGAUUUGAGAAACCUCAAUGCCAAGGCUGUAGUUCACGCCCUCCUGAAGUAAAUUUCUACCUCCAUCGUAGAGAGUAUCUAAGGGGAGAGUAAAAAAACUUAAAUUGUGGACUUGUUACCUGUGACUUGACAUUAUUGAGACCUGCAUAAGUUUUUAUCUCUGAAAUAUGUACUUGCCAACUGGGUAUAACUUCUGCUUCGUUUGCUUUAGACUCUUCUUGUUUUAUAACAAAUGAAAUGGUACAGUCAUUAAAGAAAACUUUACCUUACCCUGUGGCACAUUAAGCUGUAACCUGUAAAAUUGGCCCAGAAAUCAAGUCAUGCUAGCAGUCUGCUAGUCAACAAUAUUCCUAGAUUUAAGGGGAAAAAAAGAUGCUUUUACAAUUUGUGUUUUGUUUAGGUAAUACGAUUUGUAGAAAAUCUCAGAUCACAUAAUUAUGCGUUUUUGUGUAAGUAAAAAUAUAGUAGUAGUAGUAAUACCCAUUUGGCAAAUAUAUAAAGUGAAGAUAUGGUAUAAUUGUAUGGCACAGUGUUUAACCCUUAGCCUGCUGCAGGCGAAUUUAACAGCCUUUGCAAAUAGCUUGGAACCAGAUCAGACGCCGAUUAAAUCGGCGUCUGAUCAGGUUCCAAGCUGUUUGCUACUCUGACAAUAUUUCUUCCAAUUUUGGAGCAAAUUGAAUGAACUUUACAAUUUUAGCAGACGACAUUUCCAGCAGACGAUAAUUUAUCUAGCAUGCUAAAGGUUAAUGCUACAAGAAUCUUACGGAUUGGCCAGUUGGAAUUUAAAGUUAUAAUAAGAUUCCUCUAGUCAGUGAUGGAUUUAUCUGUUUACCACAAAACAAAACAAAGAAAAAAUUAAAUUAAUUUAAAUGUAGGAAUUCAUGUGUUUUUAUAUUUGUGUUUGAUAGUGCAAUUUAUUUAUUUGAAAGUUGAUAUUAAUAUUCCCUGUUCAUAAAACUUUAUUUAUGAGACUCAGUAAAGGUACUGGAUACUGAUAAACUGUAAGAGGUCCGAGGCCUAAAAAUCAUCUAGUGUUUAAUAUUUAAAGAUUUUCUGUUUUGAUGGAAUGGUGCAAUUUUGAAAGAUAGCUUUCAUUUUCUGUUGUUCCAAAUUUCUAAUCAAUGUUAUCAUUAGGAAUUGUUUCAUAAAUUGCAAUCCGGUAGACCUAUUAUAUCACCAUGUGAGAUUUUACUGUUCUGUCAAAAAGGGACAAAUUUAGACAAUUACAGAUAUAUAUAUGUACUCUUGAUCUUUUGCUGAACUCUGUGUCAUAUUUAUGCCAAUUGAAAACCUUAUAUCAUCUUUUUACAUUUAUAUUUUAUGUACAUUUCAUUGUUUAGUAUAACAGAACAUAGGCCAUUGUUUCAUUAUUUUAUAAAUUUAUUUGAGAGCUAUUGUAGUAAUAUUAAGUUAUCAUACUACAUAAAGGUAAAUUUUCCCACAAUUGUCAUUAUCAAGUAAUCAUACCUGAUAUAUUUUCCUGCAAAUGUCAUAUCUGGUUAUCAUUUAAGAUUAUUAUUCCUGUAGCUGAAAAUUCAUAUGAGUAGGUAAUGUCCGUGGACAUAAACUGUACUCAAUGAGUCAGUAAAAGUUGUUCAAAAUGAUCUGUUCAUUAUUGUAUACAAAAUACGUAAUUUGUGAACUUCUGUUUCAUUAUGCUAUGCUUGUAAAUAUUCAAAUCUCAUUAUUUAUUGAAAAUUCUAUGUAAAUGUUGACAUUUUCUUCAUGUAUAAAAUUGAAAAUGUAAUCUAUUUUGUGCUUACAACUAGUAAACUAUUCAUUUCUUAUCAGAUAUAUCUUCUGUAGAUAACAGAUAACAGUGCCCUAAAGUUGCAACACUUUAUUCAGAUCUCAUUUCUGUUAAGUCGUAAUGUAAAACAAAAUAAUUGUUUAGUUGCAUAGUAUAAUUAUUGUAAAGUUUGAUUCAGUUAAAAUAUGUUGGCAACUAACUUCUUGACAGUUGCUGUUAAUGACAGAUAUUUGUAGUUGUAUUUUAUUGAAGACGUUAUUUCUUGUUGAUGUAUUAACCUUUAUUGUUUGUAAAAUACCAUUUUAAUGCUUGUCACAGGUUGUUGAUUAUUUGCCAAGGGUCUGGACAAUUUUAAUCCUGAAAUAAAUCAUAUUUUAUACAUAAUCUGUU